CGAGAUGGCCUGGCCCUGCAUCAGCCGGGCCUGCUGCAUCGCCCGCUUCUGGAACCAGCUGGACAAGGCGGACAUCGCCGUGCCGCUGGUCUUCACCAAAUACUCGGAAGCCACCGACUUCCCGGGGCCUCCGGUGGUCUUGCAGCAGCAGCAGCCCCGGGCCUCUGCGCCCAUUGAGACCCAGCCGGCCGCCCUCGGCGGGGACCAGGAUGCGGCCGGCAGGGCGACCUUCGUGGGCGGGGACCAGGUCCCCGGGCAACACAAGCCGGGCCCCAAAGACCAGGCCUCGGUCGACUCGGUCAUGCGGCAGGACUACAAGCCCUGGAAGGCCCAGAAGCCGGAGCCCAGCUGCAAGCCCAAAAGCGAAUACCACCCGUCGGACACGCCCUUCAACAACAAGACCCAGUACCAGAAGGAUUUCCGGGCCUGGCCCAUCCCCAAGAGAGGGGACCACCCCUGGAUCCCCAAGGCGAUCCCCAUCCCCCCGGUCGACCUCGACAGGGGAGCCGGGGAAAGAUCCGGCAGCCAGGAGAGGAGGCGGAAGGCCCAGGCGGGCCAGGAGAAAGAGCCAGCCGGAAGGAAGGAACCGGAGGCGGCCAAGGCUGGCAGGCCUGAAGAGGGGCGAGUCAAGAAGACCAAGAAGAGGGUCCAUGUCACGGAGGACGGGGCCCAGCCACUCCAGCCGGGGACCCCCGUACCAGCAGAAGGUAGCAAAGGACGGGCCGCGGUGGACGCGCUCAACCGGCAGAUCAAGGAGGAGGUGACGGCCCGGGUGAGCACCUCGUCAUACAGAAACGAAUUCCGACCAUGGACAGACAUCAAGGCAGUGAAAGCCAUCAGAGCCAAGAGCCAGUACAAACCCCCGGAGGGGAAGAUGGCUGUUGAAACCAGUUACAGUGCCCAGUUUACCGCAGAGAGCGCCAAGCCCGGUCCGGCAGAUAACAAAUUCCUCGAGCGCAGGAGGAUACGCAGCCUUUAUAGCGAGCCCUACAAGGAAUCACCGAAGGUGGAGAAGCCUAGCCCGCAGCCUCCAAAACCAAAAAAGACACCCUCAAGCCAUAAACCGCUGAAAAAAGCCAAAGACAAGCAGAUGGCAUCCAGCCGGGCUGCCAAGAAGAAGAGCACGGAAGCCGCCAGCCCAGCCAACCCCGAGGACAAGGAGAAAAGCAAAGAGAUGAACAAUAAGUUGGCCGAAGCAAAAGAGACCUCUGAUCAAACUGCAGGUGCUACAUCCCAGGAUCCUGUUUCCGUAGGCCAAGUCGAGCCUAUGGAAGUUAACCCUCAGCCUUCUGCCCCGAAGCCAGCUGCUGGGACCAGCAUGCCGCCUGCAUGA